AUGAACGCGAGAGCUCUUCUCUACUCUCCGAAUCUCCACUCUCUCUACACUUCAAAUCGUCCACCUGAAACCACUUCUCGCAGUCGCCGGACUCUCAAAUCGGAUCACAAGUCGUUACGGGUAUGGAUAAACCCGCGGAACAGGUCCGGCGUCUUCCGGGUGUUGGUUCGGAGCUCCGACAAGACAGAGAGCGGUAAUCCGUACGCAGAGGUUUACGACGGAGAUCAAAAGAAAGCGAAUAUAAACGGCGUCGUUUCUGAUUCGCCCAGCUCGGCGCCGGUGGUCCCAUGGUGGGAAGAGUUCCCGAAGCGGUGGGUGAUAGUACUUCUCUGUUUUUCAGCUUUUCUUCUCUGCAAUAUGGACAGGGUGAACAUGAGCAUAGCCAUACUUCCGAUGUCGGCGGAGUAUGGCUGGAAUCCGGCGACGGUUGGUCUAAUUCAGUCUUCCUUCUUCUGGGGUUACCUUCUCACUCAGAUAGCUGGUGGGAUAUGGGCAGACACGGUAGGUGGAAAAAUGGUUCUUGGAUUUGGCGUAGCGUGGUGGUCAGUUGCUACAGUUCUGACUCCAAUAGCAGCUAAACUCGGUCUACCGUACUUGCUCGUUGUCCGUGCUUUCAUGGGAGUUGGCGAGGGUGUUGCAAUGCCUGCUAUGAACAAUAUACUGUCGAAAUGGGUGCCUGUGCAAGAAAGAAGCAGAUCCCUCGCGCUUGUUUACAGCGGGAUGUACCUCGGUUCGGUGACCGGUUUAGCGUUUUCGCCUUUCUUGAUUCAUCAAUUUGGGUGGCCUUCUGUGUUUUUCUCUUUUGGAUCUCUUGGAACUGUAUGGUUGACUCUGUGGCUAACUAAGGCAGAGAGUUCACCGUUGGAAGAUAAGACGUUGCUUCCGGGAGAAAGAAAGCUAAUUGCAGACAACUGUGCCAGCAAAGAGCCGGUGAAGUCGAUCCCUUGGAGGCUGAUAUUAUCGAAACCGCCGGUUUGGGCUCUCAUUGGUUGUCACUUUUGUCACAACUGGGGAACAUUCAUUCUCUUGACCUGGAUGCCAACUUAUUACCAUCAAGUGUUGAAGUUCAACCUAAUGGAAUCAGGGCUUCUCUCGGUGUUUCCAUGGUUGACAAUGGCGAUUUCUGCAAAUGCUGGAGGAUGGAUCGCUGAUACACUCGUCAGUCGAGGUUUCUCUGUCACGAAUGUUCGCAAGAUAAUGCAAACGAUUGGGUUUCUUGGACCAGCGUUCUUCCUAACACAGCUGAAACACAUAGAUUCUCCUGCAAUGGCUGUUUUGUGCAUGGCUUGUAGCCAAGGGCUUGAUGCGUUCUCGCAGUCUGGUCUUUACUCUAACCAUCAAGACAUUGCUCCAAGAUACUCUGGAGUGUUACUUGGUCUGUCUAAUACUGCUGGGGUACUAGCCGGAGUUCUUGGCACAGCAGCGACUGGUCACAUCCUACAACACGGUUCUUGGGAUGACGUCUUCACGAUCUCGGUUGGUCUUUACCUUGUUGGGACCGUCGUGUGGAACUUGUUUUCAACGGGAGAGAAGAUUAUCGAUUGA